CGCUGCAGCUAUAUAAAAGCUCACUUCCACUGUCACAAACACAUUCAACUGAAGACUCUCAAGAGAGAAACAACCAGCUCAGCAAUUCCAGAGAGUGAACUGCACCAAACAACAGAACGAUGGCAUACCAUAAAUAUGUACACCCGCUGGAUUUGUCAGAAGCAUUCGAGACAGACAGUGCAAUUUACUCUGACAGUGCCGACUCUGAUGAACUGGACUGCCCAGAUCCACAAUCCAUGAGUUGCCAAUGCGACAUGCAUGACAUCAAACUGGAGCUGUCUUCGCAUCCUCACAGCAUGAGGCAGGUGGUGAACAUCAUCAUUGCUGUGGAAAGACUGAAGCACAUCAAAAAUAUGUCUUCUGGCAAGUUUUGUGAUGAGGAGCUGCUCGGCUUCAUCUUGGAGAAUGUGAUCGAAGAGCGUCUGGUGAAGCCGCUUAAUGAAACACCAAUUUACAAUAAGACCAGCCUGACCUUGCAGUGCACCAUUUGUGAUAAGUACAAAAAGACUAUGGUGCAGAGCAACAAACUAAGUGACGAGCCUCUUCAUUUGAAGGCUGUGACGCUGAGUGCUGGAGCAAUGCAAUACAAAGUUCAAUUCAGUAUGUCAACAUUCGUGUCGAGUGCAACACAAAAGGAAGCACAGCCUGUGUGCCUGGGAAUUUCCAACAGCAACCUCUACCUUGCUUGUACCCAGUUAGAUGGUUCUUCCCCUGUCCUGAUCUUGAAGGAGGCCAGUGGCUCUGUGAACACCAUUAAAGCCGGUGACCCGAAUGACAGCCUCCUCUUCUUCAGGAAAGAAACCGGCACACGUUACAACACUUUUGAAUCUGUUAAAUAUCCUGGAUGGUUUAUUAGCACAGCUUUUGAUGAUUGGGAGAAGGUGGAAAUGAACCAGAUGCCAACCACCCGAACCACAAACUUCACACUUGAGGAUCAAAAACGUAUCUAGUUAAGAAUCAGAUUUGAUCCAGAAACAUAUUUCCAGAGAGUAUGUACUAUGUACAGUUUAUAAUCUGGAUUUAUUCAGCGUUACAAACCUGUAUGAGUUGAUGUAUCGACCAGUUUUUUUGUUGUUGUUAUUGUUCUGUCUAUUAUAUGUGUAAGGUUUGUGUUGGGAUUGGUAAAUUCAUGUUGAAUUCUUUAAGUACGAACAUUUGCCUAUGUGCUUUAUUUAAUUUUUUAGUUGUUUAAUAUUUAUUCUAAAUUAUUAUUAAAUCAGACUUAUUUUACACUGCAAUGAUUUAUUUUUUAUUUUUAAAUAAACAAGACAUGGAUGUUA